AUGGAUGUAAACGGUUCCUCGAAGAUGUGCAUAGAGGCGGAGGGGGGGAAGGACUCAUACUGCCUGGAGAUUUUCUCUGUGGAAGUUGAAAGUGUGAAGCAGGAUGUGAUGCAUCUGGAGAGGCUACACAACAGCCUGCAGGAAUCCAAUGAGGAUAUUAAAAAGGCAGAGAAUUCGGGGAUGAUGAGGGACAUCCGGGGCCGCCUCAAAACCGACCUCGACGACCUAUUCAAGCUGGCUAAACAGAUCAACAAGAAAUACGAGGGCCUCGUUCGGGCCAAUGCUGCCCAGCGUGGCUCCGCAGACGACCAGGUUCGGGCCUCCAUGAUCUCCGACAUCAUCGAGGCCCUCCAAUUGAUUAUGCACAGAUUCCAAUCCCUCAGGUCCCAAAUGGAGACCGAUCAUAGACAGAUUAUCGACGCCAAGUUCUACGCGAUCACGGGGGAGAAGGCAAUGGCAGAGGCCAUCGACAGCCUGAUAGCGAGCGAGGCCGCAAGGGCUCCGCUCCACCGCGAGGUUGAGCACGGGAAGGACUCCGUGGCGGAGGCAGUGGCGGAGAUUGAGGAGAGGCGCGACGCAAUGAGGGAGAUCCGGAGGAACCUCAUGGCGCUGCACCAAGUGCUGCUGGGGAUAGCAACGCCGGUCACAGCCGACGCACUGGGUGGCGGGAACAGAGCAGCCGCCGCUGGGGGAGAUGAGGCUGCGCCGUCAGGUGGAGGAAAGGGCGGCGGGACGGGGACGGGGUCGCUCAAUGAUUACGAGAAGGAGACCCGAAAACAGGCCUAUAUUGCUAUAGUCAUUGCUUUGGUGAUUAUCAUUGUACUCGUCCUCUCCAUUCUUAGAGUUGAUAAUCAAUUCGAAAACACUGCAACUGCAUAG